UCUAUUCCUGGAGCCGCUUGCCUCCACCUCUGGUCCUCUGCGGAGGGACCAGGUCGUCGAGUGCGUGGCCAGCCAGCCAGUCAGUCUGUUGGCUCUUCUUUAGCCGAGAGAUUUUGAAAUUGGUUGGACCAUCGACCGUCGUUUCUACCGAGCUUUUUCAAAGUAAUCCCAAAAACGGUCGACGCCAAAGUUUUGCGGUGGACGGUGCGCGGUGCGCGUGUUUUCUUCCCUUCGAAUAUCGAAGAACCGUCGAUAAGAAUUCUAACGGAGUUUCGAAAAAUCGUUCGCCGUGCGAACAUCACAAGUGCUUUACGGUCAGAGGUCGAUUGUCCGACCGGCCGGCUCUGUAGUCGAGGGAGAACAUUCGCGAAUUUACCAAGGGGUACCGGAUAGUCGAGGAAGAGCAUGCGAUGUUGGGCCCGCCGACGGAAUUUGAAGCGUGCGUUUCAGUGGUCAAAAGUUUUUUCAACAACUGCAGAAGAUCGGACGAGACGCGCAUCGGAAGAAAACGAACGGAGAAUUCGAAAUAUUGAGAAGCCCGAGUGACACUAUUCGGUAUCGAGACGAUCGUUGCCGACCAGAUACACGUUCAGAGCCCAGAAGACAGAUUUUUCAGUUCAACUAAUUUUUCCUAUCUCUCCGUUGAUUCGCUCUCCGUAAUUAUUAUUUAUAGCUUCCAACGGCUAUCUCUGUGUUCACCUGGCAAGUUAGAUUUUUGUCAGAAACAAUUUGACGCGUGUUCGAUAAACUUUGGUUAUCCCCGAAGCGUCACGACGCGCUCGUGGGUAAAUAAACUACGUAGAUAACUUGCACAGGCCUCGAAGGCGUGUCGAUUCACCGGAAAGCUUUGUCCCGUAAAAAACAAAAAAAUUGCCAUUUUCUAACAGACCUCUCGUACGCGUUACACGUAAUGAUACCGAGUAGAGGAAAAAAAGAAGAGAAAAGAAAACAAAAUUUCAGCUUCCUGCAUAUCGCGUGAAUCAGACUAUCCGGUAUAGCCUGCAGGUUUUCCCUACGGGAAUUGUUUACUAUUCGUUGAUACAUUUACGCGAGAGAUUUUGUACGGGUUCUCCUUAGCCUUAUUUCCGAGCUAUGCGUAUAGGCGUACAUAAUACACGAAGCAAGUUUUCGCUCUUAACGAAAUAACCGAAAAGUUCUCGGCAUUUCUUUUGGAAAAAACUCACGCACACGUACAUUUUCCACCUUUGGAUCGUACGCGCGAUCCGUUUUUAUCCCUUCGCAAGGAGGGACAAACUUUUAUAGGAAAUCGCGCGAAUAUCCCGAUCUCCAGGGUGAAGCGAAGACUCGAUGUAAGGCUGCCUUAGUCCCGCUCUAUUUCUGUAAUCUGUCCUCAAAACAUUUCUGUACGAGGGUUAUACAGACGAGGGUGUAUGCCCACUUAGUGUUGGUCGCGAAUUGCAUACGUAGUACGCGGAACAACCAAAAUAGAAUCGCGAGUAACGAUGUACAAUAGAACAAAAUGACAGGGCGAGAGAGAGUCAAAGAUGAAGCAGACGAGAAACAGCGCGUUCGAAGCGCAUCUCUAGUUGCUGUCGUAAUACGCGUAAAAUUACAAAAUUGUUUAUAUUAUCAUACCGUGGUGUAAAACCGGCAUCAUUACCUCAGGGAGCUGGCGUUUUUUUUUUUUCUUCUUCAUUUGUUGUUCCUUGUUAUUUUUCAAAGCCGUUAUACACCACAGCUCCGUCGUAGUGGAUUAAAAAAUAAUACACUACUUAAAAAAAUUAGCGGGCCACCCCGUUUUCGCUUCAAAAAAAUGUCCGAUCUCGAAGCCUCAGAAAUCCGCGAAAAAUUGGGGGCAGAGAGUUGGAAAAAUAGCGUUUCGGAGCUCGGAGCUUCACCUUCUAGUUGCCUUCGGUCGAUUUGAAUUGCCUUUUCCUGUUCGCUAGUCGUAGGCCUCAUAGUUCGUCAAUCCUACUGUAUUUUUUGCUUCCAAACCGUCUGUUCUUCCAAACACCCGAUGCACCUUCUCAAAGUCAAGAGUUCACUUCACGUUUUCGACAUCAGUUGAAUCAGGAGAGUGUAACUAGUGAAGAAACAAACGCAAUCCAAAUCAACUGGAACCGUCCCGAGAGUGCAACUUCAAGCUUCAGAAUGCUUUCUUUUUAAACCCUUUACUCCAAUUUUUCGAACAGUUGCGAGGCUUUGAAAUUGGAAAACAGGGUGACCCGCCAAUUUUUGUGCGUAGUGUAAAAGCAAUAACAAAUAAAUUUAAAGAGAAAAAGAAAAUAGAGAAAAAAAAAAAAUUAAGUUCAGCUGACUACUCACGUUUUCAUCACCCCGUAAGUUUACUUUAAUUUUGACUUUCGGCAGAAACAAGAAUACUGAAAGGGUGAAGAAAAGGCAAAACCAUCGUGCGAUGAGCUAAGGUUUUUCUGGAACUAGGGCAAUUUGUCAAGUAGGGGAAUUAGUCAAAACAGAGUUUGAAAAAUUGUAUUUUACCACGAAGACAGGGUACCGCUGUCGACGGGCUAGUUGGCGGGCAAUAUAGAAACGAAAGGCGUCUACGGUUUUCCAGCUAUACCUUCGUUUUCUACGUUUUCAUUGGGAAGGAUGAAUAACGCUGUAACGUACACCGGAUCUUCGAGGAAUCUUGGCAAAAUGGAGACAAAUAACACAUGAUGAUUAUCCGUCUCUGGUUCAGAUUAAUCUGAAAACAUUACACUCAAUCUUAGCGGAUUAAUGUGGCUACCUCCACCAGUGAAUAAUAAAACAGUAAUACCAAUAAUAAUAAUAAUAAGAUUAUCAAAAUAAAUGAUAAAGUGCGCGUAGACAUCACGUUGCCGGGAUUAUGCGGGUGUUUUACAAAUAAUUUAUCGAUACAGAUGCGGAUGAAUAUCCCAAACAGCCGUUAAGUUCCUAAAAAUAAAUCAGUCUUAAAUCAUACGACUCGAUAUGAGAACAAUUAAAGUCAUCUUAAAACGUUCGAAGUACGGAAUAUCUUUGUUAAGGUGCUUCGCAGCGAGUGCCUCGACGGAUCCUGAAACGGCCAAGUCAUCGGGAUUAGAAUCGUGGAAAAAAAGAUCAACUUUGAUCAUACCAAGGUCCGAUAAAUUCGAGGGAUUCUCCCGAAUCGCAGAGAUAAGGACAUAGCGCGUCAAAAUGUUGGACAUAUUUCGCGGGCUUAAAAACCUGAUCAAAGUUUCUCACAUUCACAUCGACUCGGCAGUGUUCAGACUCCAUUACAGCAUAACCGUGAUGCUUCUGGUCGCAUUUUCGUUGAUCGUCACUACCCGACAGUACGUCGGUAACCCUAUCGACUGUAUUCACAGCAAAGACCUUCCCGAAGAUGUCCUCAACACUUACUGUUGGAUUCACAGUACCUACACGAUAACAACUGCGUACAAAAAAAAGGAAGGCUCCGAGGUCCCGUUCCCCGGUGUUGCGAACUCCAAAUUGUAUCCGGAAAGCGAGAAGAAGGUCUACAGGUACUAUCAGUGGGUCUGCUUCAUGCUCUUUCUUCAGGCGAUACUAUUCUACACCCCGAGAUGGUUGUGGAAAGGGUGGGAAGGCGGAAAGAUACACGCGCUCAUGAUGGAUUUGGACAUUGGCAUUUGUUCGGAAGUUGAGAAAAAACAGAAGAAAAAACUUUUGCUAGAUUAUUUGUGGGAGAAUCUGAGGUACCACAACUGGUGGGCGUAUAGGUACUACCUCUGUGAGGUUUUGGCCCUAGUUAACGUCAUUGGUCAGAUGUUUCUGAUGAAUCGUUUCUUCGACGGAGCAUUCCUGACGUUUGGCAUCGACGUUCUGAGGUUUCUCGAGUCCGACCAAGAGGACAGGGUGGAUCCCAUGAUCUUCGUGUUCCCGCGAAUGACGAAGUGCACUUUUUACAAGUACGGAGUAAGCGGCGAAGUGGAGAGACACGACGCCGUUUGCAUCCUUCCAUUGAACGUGGUCAACGAGAAGAUCUACGUUUUCCUUUGGUUUUGGUUCCUACUUCUUGGUGCUCUGAGCUUCAUGACCGUCGUAUACAGGAUCGUGAUAAUAUUUUCACCACGAAUGAGGGUCUACCUAUUAAGACUGAGAUUUCGUCUGGUCCGAAGGGAAGCUGUGGAAACGAUAGUACGUCGGAGUAAGAUGGGGGAUUGGUUUCUCCUUUACAUGCUUGGAGAAAAUUUGGACACUGUAAUCUACAGGGACGUUAUGCAUGACCUGGCCAAUAAGUUGGCCUCGAGGCAUCAUCACAGCGUCCCUGGUGUGAAAGGCGAACUUCAGGAGGCGUAGCAGAAACUCGCACCGGAAUAUACGCCACCGACGUAUAAUAUAUACGCCCUCUAAUUUCUUCCGCACGACGAGAUCUACACCCGAGAGCAAAUCAACCUGCAACCAAAGAACUUUAAUUAUUUAUUUAUUUGCAUCUUAUAUCACUUUCACAUGUAUACAUUACAUAUAUAUAUAUCAAUCAAGUAGAUACACAUAUUUACAUAUAAACACAGUAACGUAUAUAUUAUAUAUAGAAAAAUUAUACGCGUGAUAUAGGUACAUAUUAUACUAUACAUAUUUUAAUAACUAAAAUAUAAAAUUACCUUUGGGUACAGCAGCUGGAUAGACGAUGCUUCAUGAAAUUGUGUAUCAUAACUACUAUAGAAAUCUUGUUAUAAUAGUUAUUAUUAUGAUUAUUAUUAUUAUCGGCUUCAUCGAUAUUGAAAAAUUCACGAUGGUUUAUUCAAUUGCUAUUAAAUUAAUCUUAUUACAUAUUUGUUAAAUAUUGAAUGCUCUAAUGUUAUGAUUUUUCAGUAGUUUUGAUUUAUUUUUCUUCCGUUUAUCAGAGAAAAUUACCGCUGUAUUACAAUUAUUACUAUUAAUAUCAUUAUCAUUAUCACUAUUAUUAUUAUUAUUAUUAUUAUUAUUAUUACGAUUGUUAUUAUUACUAUAAUUAUUAUUUAUAUGGAGUUUGAAGUUUAAAAAAGACGUGUUUUGUACGAGUGAUCAUAAAAUAGGUGAUUAGGAAUAUAGUAAAAGGGAGAAGCGAAGAAAACAACGAACAAUAAUAAAUGUUGGGAGAACGACACAAAAAAAAAAAAA